AUGGCAAAUAGAAGCGACGGUAUCCCCCUCUACUCGGUCUCAACCGAUCAAUUAUCGCAUGAGAGGGAUGGCAGUGCUCUGUCUUUGGAGGACCAUGAGAACACCGAACUGAGACCAUCCUACGCAGAAACGCAGGAAGAUGUUCUCCCACCGUACGAGCAAGAGACGACAGCAGCACGCAUACAUUCUGCGCCGCUGGACCGGAACCUAGCGGUCCUGAUCCCCACUGCAGUUUAUUGCGCCAUGGCGAUUUGGUCCUGGGUGACUCUGUACAAGUUAUCUCUAGUAGAUGAAUACACGACUGAUUUCAAACACAAAAAGGCCCGUUCGUACAAGGCUGCGCAAGUUCUGCGAUUCAUUGUUGUCGUCGCAACGGUUCCAAUCCUGUCGGCAAUAUGUGCGUCUGCUGCGUCGGGAUUUGUCCAGCGACAGCGCCAGGGGAAUAGUUUGCGUCUACGCCAGGUUAUGACUCUUGCGGAUCGGUCGUGGAUCAAUCCUUUUGUUUACGUGCGCAUGCUUUUCUAUGACUCUGGUUUCAAGCGGUAUGGAAGUAGUUUCCUUUACUUGGCUACCAUCAUCCAUAUUCUCGGUAUUGUCACGUACCCGAUUCAGUCACUCUUCCUUUCAGCUCGCCAAGUCAAUGUUCUGCCUGUCGAUUCUGAAGGUUAUGUUGAAUAUUCGUCAAACCUGUACAACGUUGCAACUGUGCAAAAUAUGAUAGACUUUAAGCUGGAGAGCCAGAUUGCCCAAGCCAUUGUCACAGUACGAAGCGAGUUGCAGGCCGAUGGAGUGAACGGUGAACAAUCCCAGCUUUGGGGGAGUACUAAUACACUAAGUAAUUACGCUUCUGACACCAGCUGGUUUGCGGAACUAAGCAACAACAUCACCACCGGAGUAUGGCCAGAUCAAUACAUCCCAAGAGUCAACUCGUCAGUCGAAAUUCUCGAUCUGUCUGUUGACGAGUUUCCAUCUGAUUGCUCGACCACGUCUAACUGGUUUUAUGCCCACUAUACAUACUCCUACUUACCAUCCUACAGCUAUUAUAACGCAACAAUUGAAGUUUGUUUGCCUAUGGAUGGAGCACAAUCUCCAUGGAGUGCCAACAACGAUCGCCAGGACUUUACCGAGACGCUGUACGUCAAUAUCUCGGGUAACUACUCGUUGGAGUGGUCCGAGGAGACAUUCUUCGGCGCCUUCAAAAUCGUUGCGAACACGACUGUGGGACUAUUCAGACUGCCCAGUCUUAAAAACCAGACCGCAGGUCCGUUGGAAAAUUCGUCGCAGUGCAUUGGCACCUGCGGCAGUUACACUCACACACCAGAUUACAAAACGCGCCGCAGCAGUAGUAUAAGUAGUCGACGUGGUCGUCCCUAUGGCCGACAGUCAGAUGAGUUCAGUGCACCUGCAUUGCCAGGUCCUCUCACGACCGUUGCCGUCGCCCUCUUUGGGUCUGGCUCUUUUCCCGACUUACAGCAAACCGUUAAUUACAGUCUCACCAACACCGAAAACGCACUUGGAUGGAAUGGAUGGCUAGAUGAACAACUACCGCAGACACUGGCUCCCCUCGAAAAUUUCGGUCUGCAUCAGAGAUACGACGAAAAUUAUGCCGUAUUCACGUGGAUUCUCGAGAUGACUGACGUCAAGAAUCGGGGUAACAUUACUUCGGCCUUGAAUCAGGCUUGUUUUCUGGCAACCAAGGCCCUGUGGGACGGCUUUGUGAGUGCGGGUGGUACUAUUAGUUUUCUCACCUGGGUCCGAGCCGAUGUGGUCCAAACCACCACCUUGACGCUCCCCUCGCUGUCCCGGACUGGCAUGAUAGUGGGUUCUGUACUUCUGGCCCUGUACUUGAUCCCUUCACUGUGUCUGGCGAUUUGGGCAGCGGCUAGUCGUCGCUGGACAGAUACUCUAGAUGCCUUCACAAUGCUGCGCAUGGGCGCUGCAGUGGGACAGCAGGAGUUGCCGUUACUUGUCGGGAAGAAGAUGCACAAAAUUCAGGUCUUGGAUGACUGGCCUGGUGUGGUCCGUGAUGUCUCAGGACCAGACGACAAGAUUCGACAAUUGGCGCUGGGCAUUGAGGGCGGUGCGCCUUUGGAGGGCAAGGGACGGUAUCUGGCCUAUGCAGGGAAUAGUGGUUUUCGCACGCCACGGCCUGCACAUGCAUAUACCUAG